AUGUCGUUCUCUCCUGAUAUACUUAAUAAAAAGUUAAGUUCGUUGCAAGAAACACAAGAUUCAAUUGUAACAAUUUCACAAUGGGUAUUAUUCCAUCACAGACACAGUAAAGAAACGGCAGAGUUAUGGGCUGCAUUUAUCCUUAAUUUACCAGCUAGCGGUUCAUCGAAAAAAUUAUCUUUAUUGUAUCUCUGUAAUGAUGUUGUUCAACAGGCUAGACAUAAACGGAAGAUGGAUUUCAUUACGGAAUUUUCAAAAGUUUUGCCUAGGGUAUUCAAUAAUGUUUAUAAGACAUUGGAUCCAGCAAUCAAGCCAAAAGUAGAUAGGUUGGUGAAUGUCUGGUCUGAAAGACUGGUAUUUCCUCCGAAUGAUAUCAAAGAAAUGAGGAAAGCUAUUGAAUUAUCAAAGACUAAUAAGUCGAUGGAAAAUGAUGACAAUGCCGGCACCUCUAGUUCAUCAGGUUUUGAAGGACAAAAUGUUGCCAUUGCAUCUGACCUUAAAUUGUUGAAUAAUGUAUUUUUACAUAUGAACCAACUAAUUGAUAUAAGUCAAGGGAAUUUGAAUCAAGUUGGGAUUCAAUCAAAGACGUAUUUACCUACAGACCCAUCAGUAUCCGAUAACUUGCCUUCUCCUAAAAUAUAUAUUUCAAAAUUAAACGUUUUGGAAAAACUAUGCUUGAUGUCCAAUAAUAAUAUUGAAGAGAUUAAGAAGGAUAGGUUGGAAAUAUUAAAACAAUUGGAUAAUUUGAAGAGUAUUGUAUCUGAUGGCUUACAAACCGAUGAUAGUAAAGUGAAUAUAAUAAAUAAAAGAUUGGAAAAGCUCAAGUCUACUAGAAGCGAGCUACACAGUAUAGUGGAUGAAGAUAAAUCAGUAUCACAAGCGCAGGAUACUACUGAGGAACCAUCACCUGAGUUUGACCAAGGUGACGACGACGAUGAUGAUGAUAUGAUUCCAACUUAUGAAAAUGAAGAUAGUGAUGUAGAUGAUGAUCGUCCUCCAGCAAAAAAAGCCAAACACUCACCUGAAUCUUCAGGUAAUUCGACUCCUUCUUCCGCUAAAAAAUCAGUUGCAUUUUCGGAAGAUAUAGAAGUCAAAGAAUACGACAGAGAAGACCAAACUGAAAAUAUUAAGAUUAUUAAAAGUGAUGAUGACGAAAAUGGUGAUGCGUCGGAUAACAUAUAUGAUGAUGACGAUGAUGACGACAAAAGUUCAGUAUCUAUUGACUUUGAAAGACAUCAUAAAGAUGAUUUGGAACUAAAGCACGAACAUGAUAAUAACAGUACUGAUGACGAUGGCUACGAUCCUUCUUCGCAAGGUGAGGAUACUUCAGAAUCUAAUAGUUCAUCAAUGAAUAAUAGUGUAUUAAAUUUAUUAGCUAAGUUAGCAUAA